AUGGCCCUCCUCCUUGGCUUCCUCCUGCUGCUGGGACUCUGUGAAGACACCAUGUCAGAGGAGCCGUCGUUAUCCCGGUACCGUCCUGGUGGUUUGGAAUUCCAGUUGCCUCCAACCUCCUAUCAGACCAGUGACUCUUAUGAUCCUGGUCCCACUGGCUUCUUCUUUCAUAUCGUGCGCCUCUUUGUCCAAAUUGUGCAGCCCAAUGGUUUCCCUGAAGAUAUUUUAAGAAAGAUUAUACAGAAGAAGUUUGACCUCUCAAAGGAGUAUGAUAAGCCAGAAAACGUAGUCUUGACUCUGAAGAUCAUCUACUAUGAGAUCGGGAUCAUUGUCUGCGCUGCCCUGGGAUUGCUGUUUGUCAUUCUGAUGCCUCUGGUGGGCUUUUUCUUCUGUCUGUGUCGUUGCUGUAACAAAUGUGGUGGAGAAAUGCACCAGCGACAGAAGAGAAGUGGUCCCUUCCUCAAGAAAUACUAUACAAUUUCCCUCCUGGUGAUCUGUGUGUUCAUAAGCAUCGGGAUCAUCUACGGUUUUGCGGCAAAUCAGUACAUGAGGACUCGCGUGGAAGAGACUCGGAAAUUGUCAGAAAGUAACUUCAACGACCUGAGAACUCUCCUCAAUGUGGUGCCAGGGCAAAUCGACUAUAUACUGGACCAGUUUACCCACCCUAAGGAGAAAGCAUUUGACGAUUUGGAUAAUAUUAACUCGUUGGUGGGAGACAGCAUUUAUGAGCGUCUCAAACCCAAAGUGCUCCCUGUGCUGAAGGACAUCAAGGACUUGGCAAAAGACAUGAAAACUAACAGAGAUACCCUGGUCGAAGUGAACACUGUCUUAACGGACAUGAAGCAUUCAUCUGCGUAUCUUCGCACCAGCCUGAGAGAUGUGAAAACGAGCAUGGAGCAAACGCUCACGGAUCCCCAGUGCUCCUUACCUGCAGUGGCGCCCACGUGCAACAGCAUCAGGAAGUCUCUGAGCGUCCUGGAUGACAGUGCCAAUUUUGAUCACCUCCCGUCUUUGGAUGGACACAUUACUCAGCUUGAUGGACUUCUUCAAACAGAUUUGUCCAGCCUGGUCCAAAAGGCCAAUGAAUCUCUUUCUAACAUACCUGAGGAAGUGCAAAAUCAAACCAGGGACUUCAUAACAGAGUUUAAAAAGACCUUGAAUUCCGUUCAAUCUGAUGUCAAGAAUAUAAGCACAAAGAUUCCUAUUCAGAAGACACUGUCGAGUUUCGUCCAUUACAUUAAUAACUCUGAAGAUUACAUCCUCCACUAUUUACCCACUAUGGAAGAAUGUGAUUCAUACAGGUGGCUGGUUUGCUUGGUCGUCGUCUGCUUACUGACCCUCAUCUUGACUUUUUACCUCCUGGGCUUGCUGUGUGGCACGUUGGGCUAUGACCAGAAUGCCACCCCAACCAGACGAGGCUGCGUCUCGAACACCGGGGGCCUCCUUCUCAUGGUUGGGGUUGGAUUCAGUUUCUUCUUUUCUUGGAUGAUCAUGACCAUCGUAGUGCUGACUUUUGUCGCUGGUGGAAAUAUGGAAAAACUGGUCUGUGAGCCUUACAGAAACAAAAAGUUAUUCCAGGUUUUGGACACUCCAUAUUUACUAAAUGAGGAUUGGAAAUACUACCUCUCUGGCCUAGUACUUAACAAACCGGAUGUUAAUCUCACUUUUGAACAAGUUUACAGUGACUGCAAAGAAAAUAAAGGCCUUUAUGCCACGCUUAAGCUCGACCACAUCUACAAUAUCAGUGAACAGCUCAACAUUACAAAGCAUACUGGAGACAUAAAUAGUACUUUGGAAAAUAUGAAUAUAAGAAUUGAGGAUAUAGAACUGCUGGAUAAAACAGGAAUGAAAACCCUCAUGGAUCUCAGAUCUUCUGGAAUAGAUGAUAUAGACUAUGCUGCCUACUUGAACGCGACCGAAAGAAGUCCCACGAGAGUAAAUCUUAUCUCAUUUGCAAAUGAUAUCCGAAGAAAAGCCAACCAGCUGCCCUCAGGACGCUUGAAAACCAGCUUGAAAAGUCACGUGGAUACCUUAAUAAAUAUCCAUCAGAACCAAGUCGUUCCUUUGCAGAAUUCAAUGAGCACCAUGAACAAACAAAUGAAGAGGCUUCAUUACAGGACCAGUGGGCUGAAGGUCCGAGUGUCCACCACCAUUUUCUUUUUGAAUUCUACCCAGGACUUUCUCAACAGCCAGCUGUCCGAAAUUGUUGUUGAAGAAAGUAAGCAGUUCGGGAGUAAGAUAAUAAGCUACUUUGAAUGGUAUCUGCAGUGGGUCGAGAUGACCAUCACCCAGCAGUUUGCAGCCUGCAAACCGGCGGCCACUGCGGUGGAUUCGGCUGUUAACGUCUUUCUGUGCAGCUACAUCGUCGACCCCCUGAAUCUGUUUUGGUUUGGCCUGGGAAAAGCGACCAUGCUUUUACUUCCUGCUGUCAUUUUCGCCGUGAAGCUGGCGAAGUACUUCCGUCGAAUGUAUUCUGAAGAUGUGUAUGAGGAUGACCCCGUGAACAAGGUUCAAAGUAAACCCAGGGUUCAAACUGUACCCAGGGUUCAAACUGUACCCAUGGUUCAAACUGUACCUAUGAAAAAUAUGAGACACACUAAUUCCCGUUCUCGUGCAGAACAAGGCAUACAGACGAUUUGA